ACUCUGAUAUUAGCUUAAAAUAUAGAAUUCUGCUGGUGCAAGCUUAAUCAAUAUUUCCUUCGAUUACGCAAAACAUAGCUACACUACCCUUCAAUUUUAUCCCAUCUACUGCAAUUGAUUGAAAGGGUGUAUUUUGGUGUAUUUGCAUUUGACCUUAAAGUUUAUUAGAUAACUAAUUUACAUAUUCCUGAUCUAUCCAAAUGGCUCUUCAAGAAGAUGAUGAAAAGAAGCUUUCGGAAAUCUUUGAUAUUGUAUAUAAGAACUAUAUUUUUUGUGAAACCACAAAUGAAUCCAGUUCCAGUGUAAUUGUUCAGAAAAAAGUCAAAGAAUCAUUUGAAAUAUGUGAAAAAUUAGUCGCUAUGGUAAAUUCUUUGGAAUUAUUUAGCAAAAAUGAACGUCUUGAAGAGAUUUCAACUUCUGAUAUCAAAAUGAUGAUGUUACCGGCUUUUAUGGGCUAUUAUAGAGGAAAAGUAACAAAAGAUGACCGAAUGAGCGUUUUGAAAGAAUCUCAGAUUUUCUUUAUUGAUUUUCUCAAAUUGGCAAAACUUUAUGGAAUUGCAAGCAUUGAUUUGCCAAAUGUUGGAGAGGAAAACGUUAGUGAAUUAGAAAAUUCUAAAACACAAACGGAAAAUUUGGUAGAAAUGUCAAAUAUAAGAGCAAAAAAGAUUGAAAGGCAUAGGGAGAAAGUUAAGUUAAAAGAAAAACUUAACGAGUUACGAUCAGCCAUUGAUAAGCCCAGCGCUGAUGAAGAAAUUGUUAGAGAUUUUUAUAUAACUCAAUUAAAAGAAUGGGUUUCUUUAUCAUAUGAAGAAUUAGAUAAUAUUGAUAGAGAGUUAGAAAUUUUUAACUUCAUGAAGAAUAGAUCAGCCUCCGACUCCUCCGAAGUGGGAACGAAGCCAAAAGAGCAACCAAAAAAACCUUUGAGACCCUUUAUAUUAACCAAAUCUGCCGUUCAAGCAGCUGUUUUUGGAGCAGGAUAUCCUAGUUUACCUACUUACACCUUAGAAGAGUUUUAUGAAGAGCAAUUUGCAAAUGGCAACGUUCCUCCUGCUAAGUAUAUAUGUUAUAAGCAGCUUUCAUAG